AGAAUAUUAUAAUAGAAAACUAAAAAAAGCUGCGUGGGAGAAAAUCGCUGAGACGUUUCAAAAAAACGUUGGUGACGUGAAACAAAAAAUGGCUAGUCUUCUGGCAUCCUUUCGAAGAGAAAAGAAGAGAGUAAUGGAUUCUCGUAGAGGAGGAACAGGAUCGAGUGACAUAUACGUAUCACAUUGGUACGGAUACAAAUAUUUCCAUUUUCUACUUGAAAAGGAUUAUCCGAGAUCCAUAAAUACUAUUAUUGAAAUUAAGAAAAGAGCAUUGCAUGCUCUUGCUUUAUUAAGAAAGGCACGAAAUAAAAAAUCAAAUGAAAUCAACAUAGACAAAAUGUUGAAAAUCAUACUGAUAAACUUUUUGAAAGAUUAUAACCAAAACACUAGCAGGCGCAAUCCCUUUCUGCAACAUUUAGGGCAACUGCUCGACUGGUUCAGUGAAGAACAAAGAUGUUUCUUGGAAUACCAAAUAUUAAAUUUAACAUACGAAGCAACAGAAAAAGUAAUGUGGUUGAAAACAAGAAGAUUAAUGCAAUGAAACAAAAGCAAGUAACUGAAUAAUACAAUGAAAAAGA